AUGCGGCCGAAACGCGUAACGCGUAAAGCGGGCGAGACGCGACCGGGAGCGCGGUCGUGGAUGGAGCGCAUGGCGAAGGCGGCGGAGGAGAUGGCGCGCGGCGCGGAGCGCGCGUCGAAGGAAAUGGCGAAGGUGGCCGCGGCGACGCUGGAGAACCACAGCAAGGCCAUCGAAGCGGCGUCGCCGCUGCUGUCGCAGAUCGUGGGGGGAAACGAGAAGGCGAGCAACUUCAUCGCGAAUCUCAUCGUUCCGCACGCCCCUGGAGCCUCCGCCAGCGGAUCUUCCGCCACCUCCCCGCGCUCAGCAGCUCCGCAGCAGUUGGCGGAAGACCACCUGCGCGAGGUGUCCGAUGACGUGGUAGCCCACGUCAGCAUCAAGCCUGCCAACGUGGCGCCGAUGACGUCAUCGUUCACAUCCCCGUCAUUGGGCGACGAUGAUUCCGCUGCUGCUGCUGCGGCUAACGCGGAUCCUACCUCGGUCCCACUGGAAAUGCGCAAGGCGGGCGCGCACGUGCUGGAGGGGCGGGAGGAGCGCGGCGCAAUGCGCGCGGAGCUGCAGGCGCUGGAGGCGCGCAUGGACGCGGCUUCCGCGGCGGUGGAGGCGGCAAAGAGCCGCCGGGGGGAGCUGCUCCAGGCGCACCCGGAGCUGCGGCAACGUGUGACCGACGUGGUUGAGGGGAAAGUCACUCCACGUGCCGUCACCGUCACCCCCACGGCUGUAGCGCCGUCCUCUCCGUCUUACGCGCCGUCUAAUGCGCCGGGCAACUCGGACGCGGAGGGAGAGGCGCAGGAGGAGUGGGAGGAGGCGGAGGAGGAGCAAGCGCAGGCGCAGGGGGGCGCGCACGGGGCCGCGCAGCAGGGGAUGGUGGCGGGGUCGGUGCAGGCGCUGCGGGCGGGGCGGCAUAGGCAGCGGGAGCGGCUGCAGCGACCGGGCGUUGAGAGGAGGCGACAGCACGCCGCUCAGGUGCGUCUGUCUGUGCUGCGCUCACUGGCAGAGCGUCACGGUGCGUCUGUCGGUGCUGCGCUCGCUGGCAGAGCGACACGGUGUGCUGGCGCAGAGCACAGUCGCGCAGGCGACAACUGGACAGGCACAGCAGCAGCCGUUGCCGCUGCUGCCUGUGGUGGUCACGGCAGCACUGUCCCCUGUGGAGCUGGAACUGGUGAGAGCACCUGCCAUGGGAUCCCUGCUGCCUCCCCUCCCAUGUGCCCUCCCCUCCCCUGCCCUGCCCUGCCCUGCCCUGCCCUGCCCUGCCCUGCCGUGCAUCCCCUGCCGCCUGUGGUGGACACGGCAGCACUCUCUCUUGUAGAGCUGGAACUGGUGAGAUCACCUGCUGGAACUGGUAAGAUCACCUGCUGUGCGCCCUCCCCUGACAUGCACCUGCUGCUGCCUGCCAUGCACCCCCCACCGGCCAUGCACCCCCCACCGGCCAUGCACCCCCCACCGGCCAUGCACCCCCCACCGGCCAUGCACCCCCCACCGGCCAUGCACCCCCCACCGGCCAUGCACCCCCCACCGGCCAUGCACCCCCCACCGGCCAUGCACCCCCCACCGGCCAUGCACCCCCCACCGGCCAUGCACCCCCCACCGGCCAUGCACCCCCCACCGGCCAUGCACCCCCCACCGGCCAUGCACCCCCCACCGGCCAUGCACCCCCCACCGGCCAUGCACCCCCCACCGGCCAUGCACUCACUGCGCCCUCCCCUUGCAAUCCCCAUGCCUCUCUUCUCUUUCCCUGCAUUCCCACCAGGUCAAGGCGGAGGAGUCAUGGGACAAGUCAAGGCGGAGGAGUCAUGGGACAAGUAUUUGGAGGCGGUUGCGUGGACCAAGGCGCGUCUGCACUCGCUGCGCUCGUCCGCGCCCUCCCCCUCCGCGGCGGCGCUGCUCAGCAUGGAGGCGCAGCUCGUGUCUUCCCUCGCGUUCGCGCAGCAGCGCGCGGACGAGGAGGCUGCGCGCGUGGCGCAGCUGUGCGCGCGCGUGGGCGCGGACGCGGGGGAGAGGAGGCGCAGCAGGGAGGAGGGGCUGCGGAGGGCCGCGGAGGCUGGGGCGACGAUGGGGAAAGGCGCGGAGGGGGGGGCCGGGAAACGGGGAGAGGGGGGAGCGGGAGGGAGAUGA